UCACAAUUGAAAAAUGGAAAAAUCAAUAAAUCGCAGUAUGUAUGUAAAGUUUCGUAUUAUAAGUUCGUGGGAUAAGGGCUUUACUGAAAAGUUUAAGCAAACGCUAAAAGAUGAAAUGAAAAAAUGCAAAAUUCAUCUGUACUGGCCAGAAUUAGAACGUACAGAAAACCCUAAAGAAAAAUUAAGUUUUGAUGAAAAAACAAUCGAUCUUGUAGGUGGAAUUAAAAACUUUGAAAGUUCAGAAGAAGAAAUUUUAGACGGCAUGAUUAAGAAAUGGUGUACAAUGAAUACUAAAUAUUGGAUGGUUCUUAUUCACAAUAAUCUUGUUUCUAAAAGUAAAUUUUUUCAUCAAAAAAUAGAAUUAGAUUUAUUCUCUAUGGGAGUUUUAACGAGUCUAAAUAAUUAUGUAUUCUACCAUUUAAUAGAAAAGAACUCCUUUGCAAAUUUUUAUCACGAUACUCGUAUGUUAGAAAUAAAUUGUGACGAUUACCAAAUUAAAAUCAAAUAUAGUUCAGUUAGAAGAAUACUUGCCGAAGUACUUAACUCUUCUAUUUACAUAUUCAUUGAUGUUAAGUAUCCACCGCCAGUAUAUUGCAAUGAUAAAAGAGUCUUGACUUUACCUUCUGUAGAUAGAGAAAUUCAUGGUAAAUCAACAGUUUUUAUGAUUCGAAUGAAUGAUGUCAAAACAGCGAAAGCAAUCAUUGAUAGAUUUAGCACUUCUAACAAUAUGUCUAUUAAUUAUGUCUCUAUGAAAAAAAGAAUUUUUCAAAAACGUUAUCCUAUAAUGCCUUCCUUUGAUUUAGGACAUUUUGACUGUAAUUACAACUUGCAUGCCAUUCUUACAAGAAACUUUGUACCCUUAGAACAACUUAAUAAAAACAAAAUUUGGGACGAUUUUAUACAAGAACUGGAAAAUGAAUACAAAGAUAAAUUUUGUUUAAGUAGAGCCUUAGAGUAUAUUUUAGACAUUCAAGAUCAAGGAAUUUUGUUUGAUUAUCGGAAGACUAUUAAGACUGCAUACAACUGGAUGAAAGAAAAAGACGAUAUAGUUUCCUUUGAUAAUGAUGAAUUUAUUACUCCAAACACUAUGAAAUUGAUUCGAAGAGUAGUCUUAACUCCAACUAGAGCUAUAUUUUAUCCUCCAGAAUUUCAAUUCAAAAACAGAAUGCUGAGAAAUUAUAAUUCAGAUUAUGCCUUGAGAGUUUCUUUUAGAGACGAUGAUAACUUUAAGCUCAAUGGAAUUGCUUCUAACUGUCACGAUGACUUGUUUUAUAUGGCAAUCAAUAAGCCUAUGCUUGAAGGACUUAAAGUUUGUGAAAGAGAGUAUAAACUUUUAGCUUGGUCAAAUUCCCAGAUAAGAGACCAUGGAGUUUGGAUGUAUGCAAAAGACGAUAAAGGUUAUGAUUCUGAGUAUAUUAGAAACUCUAUGGGAGAUUUUUCUGGAAAUAAAACCGUUGCAAAAUAUAUGGCUCGUUUAGGACAGUGUUUCUCUCAGACAGAAGAUAUCAGAAAUAUUCCUCCUGAUGCAAUCAAAACUGUGGAUGAUAUUGAAGGGGGCCUUAAUCCUGACACAAAUAAACCUUAUUGUUUUUCGGAUGGAGUUGGAAGAAUGUCAGUAAGAUUAGCCAAAGAUGUAAGCAAAAUGUUAAAACUAAAAAAUGUCCCUUGUGCAUAUCAAAUAAGAUUUGCUGGUUACAAAGGUAUGUUAGUUAUGGAUCCCACAUUAACUGACACUGGAAUAGAUCUUGUAUUCAGAAAGAGUAUGAAGAAGUUCGACAGUCCUUUCAGUAGAUUAGAAAUUGUAAAAAAAUGUCAAGCAAUUCCUGUUCAAUUGAAUCGUCCAAUGAUAAAUAUUUUGAAUCAACUAGGAGUUCCAAACAAUAUAUUUUUAGAAAUGCAAGAAGAGAUGCUGUCAUAUAUCACAGAUAUUCUAAUUGAUGAUGAAAAAGCUGCUGAUUAUCUUACUUCAAAAAUACAGUUAAAGACUAUUGGAGGAUUCAUAGAUAUGGUUAAAGCUGGAAUUGGAUUAACAGGAGAUCCAUUUUUCAGAGGAAUGUUGCUAUGUCUAAGAGAAAGAGCUUUGUUGGAUAUUAAAGUAAAAGCUAGACUUGCUGUAAAACCAACCGAUGGUCGUAACAUGUUCGGAGUCAUGGAUGAAACAGGAACUCUGGAAUAUGGACAAGUAUUUGUACAAUAUACUAAAGAUAUAAUUAAUCAAGAAGUAAAUACCGAAACUGAAAUAUAUACUGGUCCAGUUCUGGUGACAAAAAAUCCAUGCACGCAACCUGGUGAUAUCCGACUUCUAGAAGCCAUCGAUGUCCCAGAACUUCAUCAUCUUGUUGACUGUGUAGCUUUUCCACAAAAAGGACCCCGACCUCAUCCGAAUGAAAUGGCUGGUUCUGAUCUUGAUGGAGAUGAAUACGCUGUUAUCUGGAAGAAAGAUUUAUUUUUCUCCGGAAACAGAGAACCCGAAAAUUUUCCUUCUCCUCCUGAAAAGAAAAUACCUCAAACAAAAUUCAAGCUGGAUGAUUCGGUACAAGUACUGAGCGAUUAUAUAAAAAAUGAUCAAAUUGGAACGAUUGGAAAUGCUCAUUUAGCCAUUUCAGACUGCAAUGGAUUAAAUAUAGACGUAUGCAAACAAAUUGCGAGAAAAUUUUCACUGUCUUUGGAUUAUGUAAAAUCUGGAUAUUUUGAACCAUUAAGUUUAGAUGAAAAGCCUAAAAAAUUUCCCGAUUUCAUGGAAAGAGUUGACAAAGAAACUUAUAUUUCUAACAGAGCUCUGGGAGAAUUAUAUAGAAACUGUAAACUUUUUGAACGAAAUACAAGUUCUAUUGAAUUAGAAACUGUAGACUUAAAACAUGAUCCUGAUUUAAUUUAUGAAGGAUGGGAAGAAUAUAAAAACUCUGCUUUAAAAUCCAAGGCGAAAUAUGAUUAUCUUUUACAGUGCAUUAUGCAAAGAUACGGUAUUGAAACCGAAGUGGAAUUAAUAACUGGAGCUUUUCAACAAGUUCAUGAACGAUUUAGUCAAAGACACGAUAUAAUAGACGUAGAAAAAUUUCUAAUUGGUUCAGUUGAAAAAUUGCAUGAACGUUUCAGAGAAGAAUUUUAUAAGGAGUUUGGCCUUAAUGAAAAUGAAGACAACGAUUUUGUAAAUUUAAGUAACUUUCAAGACAAAAUUUUAAAGAAAGCAUCUGCAUGGUAUGCAGUUACCUACUUAUUUCGACCAAAAGACUUUCAAAAUUCUAUACGUUUCUUCAGUUUUCCUUGGAUUGUGGCCAAACAUUUGAUUACUCUAAAGCUACAGAAAUUUUUAAUUAGACCUGCAACAACUUCUAAUACGUCCAUUAUUAACUUUUUAGAUAAACGUUUAGCGGAUAUGGCAAGAAAAUUACCUAAAUCCCAGAGUGAAAUGCUGCUUCUAGCAAACUGUCAUAAAAUUCAUAAAAACAUUAUACAAUUUACAUAUAGAUUGAUAAUCGGGUGGCUAAGUAGUAAAGAACGAAUCGAUUCUGCAAAAGAAGCAUGGUUGGCUAAAUACUUUAAUAAAUUCUUAGACAAAAACUGUUACUACAAUGAAAGAAACGAAGAAGAAAAUAUUAAAACAAUAAACAUUAUUAAUCUUUGCUUCUCAUUUUUGAAGAUGGCAAGAAACGAAUCUUCAUUUCCUGAUAAUUUGCAAUGGAUUCCCUCUUAUGCUAGAGAAACUUAUCAUCUUCUAGCUGCUACUGCAAAUCCAAAGGCAUUUUGUCCCAUUGAAGAUAAAAAGAAACCAAAGGAAUCGGUGGAAAUGGAGCCAAUAAAACUUCUUAUGAAAAUUAUUCCAGGAGAUAAACAUAGAAGGUUACAGACUUUGCGCAAAAUUCUCAGCUGGUUAGCGCCAUUAGAUAAUAUGACUUUAAGAAUUGACGAAAAAAUUAACGUGGUAAUAUCGGCGAAAGGACCAUUUCAAUCGAUAAGCUUCCUUCAAGAAUUACUUACAACGGAUACCGAAACUCUUAAAGCGAAAUUGGAAGGAUGGAACGAAAUUCUUCAUUCGGAAAAAUCCGAACCGAAUGAUGAACUUGAACCAUAAAACUUAUUAUGUCUAUGACUUUA